AUGUCGACUUCCGAUGACUUAGCUCCUUCUGUGGCGAUUUUGAAGAGAUAUUAUGGCUGUGUAAAGGGCCUGCAAAACUAUUUGGCAGAUAUUUUGGAACUUAACGGCCGUCGUCUUGACCCCAAAGAGUUGCUCAGUGACGAUGACUCACAAAGCUACCUCCAACUUUUAUCGACAUCAUACGUAGGAGUCAAGAAUCUAACUUCUGGUAAAACCUUUCGGGUUUUCAUCCCAAUGCUUGGCAUGAGAGAGGUUCUCGACUACGCCCAAGAACGAUUGUUCAGAGAGAAACGUGCUAAAAACAUCAUUACUUCUGGUUAUCGACUUGCUUCACAUGCAAAUGACAAUGGGAAGAAAGGGAUGGCUCGGAUGGGAAUCACCAAUUACUUCUUGAACACCGUGAUCACUGCACUUCAAGCGGAGGAGUGGGAAAACUUGCUUUCUCGUAUUGGCGAAGAUGCAAUGUUACAUCUUCUCACAGAGACUUCGAUAUAUGUCUCUCUCCCAAAUGGAUGCCUAUGUCAACUGACAGGGGAACCUUUAAUCAACACAGCGCCCCCAGCCUACAAUGAUGAAAGCCUUCCAAAGAAGAUGACACAGAAACGACUUCACGAAAAUGCCACUGACACUCACAACGAAAGGCCCGCCAAACGGCUAAAGCUCGAAUCUAGUGUCGCUCUUCCCAAUUCAACGAAACCUUCUGGGAAACGGCCUAUAUCCAUACCCAAUAGCAGACGUAUCUUGGUCGGGUUGCCCUUAAAGCACGUUCUCAAUCGAAUAAGCCCUUGCUAUAUUGUAAAACCCCCCAAUCUUGCUGGCCAGCCCUCGGUGGACGACUCGCGUCAAAACGCAGAGAAUGCGCGGAGACUCUCCAAAUACGUUUUCGCGCGUCAGUACGGUCUGUCAAAUCCUUUUAAAACUAGCGGAGGUUCUUCUCCUUUCUACGGGGAUUAUCUCGACAGAGAACUGGAAAUAAAGUCGAAAGGGUCUUGUAAAACCCCACAACGAUUGAAGGGCAUUCUGCCAGUCCUCGAAAAAUUGAUCAGACGACAUUCUAGAUGUGGCUAUAUACCCCUCCGAGACCUCACUUGUCCUUCAAAGAUCAAGACCACCGGUUCAAAGGACUUUGAUAGCAGUGUCAUACUGGAAAUGAUGUCCGAGAAUUCUAUACAACUGAAAUCGCAACUUGUAACCGGUCAAGGGAAUAUCUCGUAUGAUUCUUCUGGGAACCCCAUACCGGCUUUCGGCCUGACGCAGGCGCAAAAACAUGCCAAACAGAAACCACGGUUUGUGGAAUUUGCUUGCAGCCACCUCGAGAAAUUUAGCAUAACUGCUUGCGAUUGGCUCGCCCCUUCUAGUCCAGGAUUCUUGCAGCAAGGCAGGGUCUCCGUUUCCGAUGCCGUCAAGCGCCGCCAAUUAUUGGAAGAUUUUUUGUUUUGGUAUUUUGACUCUUUCGUGUUGCUAUUGCUCAAGACAAAUUUCUACGUGACGGACUCCUCUGCUUUCCGUAACAAUGUUCUCUAUUUCAGACAUGACGACUGGGCAACCUUAUGCGCUCCGUUGGUUGAAAGGUUGACAUCUGUUACCUUCGAAAAGCUUACAGAUGAGGAGGCAGCCGCCAUCUUGCGACAACGCAAAUUGGGAUUCUCAUUUGUACGCCUUCUACCUAAAGAAACUGGUGUCAGGCCUAUUGUCAAUCUUCGAAGAAGGAAAGCGUCAGCAAAGGGCUCCUAUGGCAAUGAACAGUCGAUCAAUCAGAUCCUCCAAGGCGCCUUCAGUAUUUUGACCUAUGAACGGAGUAACCAGCCUGAAAAUCUCGGAGCGUCGAUCUUCAAUUAUAAUGAUAUAUGCCUGAAGUUAAAAAAGCUGAAAGCCAGUCUUCCGAGAGACUCGAAAGGUGGAUUACCCAAACUUUACUUUGUGAAGCUAGAUGUCCAGGCCUGUUUCGAUACCAUUGACCAAACAAAGUUGCUGCACGUUAUACGCCAGCUGAUAUCAGAGGAUGUAUAUAUGAUUCAAAAAUACGGACAAGUACGGUCGUUAGCUGGCAAAAUCAGAAGAAUGUUCCUCAAGAAGGCAGUUCCUGAAGAUGACCAUCCUCAUUUCAUGCGUUAUGCUGCUGACCUGGCUGGCUCCCUUCGCGAUGUAAUUUUCGUGGACCAGAAGCAGGAAGUUCUACAACUUCUCGAAGAACAUAUCACCGAAAAUAUUGUCAAGAUAGGCUCCACAUACUAUCGUCAGAUGGUCGGCAUUCCACAGGGAUCCAUUCUUUCGACUAUAUUAUGCUCUUUCUUCUAUGGAGACCUCGAAAAGAGAUUUGGAAAAUAUACUGAAGAUCCACAUAGCGCCCUUCUGCGACUUACUGAUGAUUAUUUAUUUGUUACGACAAAUCUCGAGUCUGCGAAGGGAUUUUUAAACAUGAUGAAAAAAGGUCAUCCGGAAUAUGGAUGCUUCAUCGCACAAGACAAAACUUUAACGAACUUUGAACAUGGUGACCAUACGCUGAAUGUAUUGGACCUAACUCAAAAAUGGUGGACUACAGUCGAUACAACGGAAGCGAGUAUGAUUUUGAGCGUUAUCACGAGCAGGAAUCGGAAGCACGCUAACCGUAGACAGAGGCCGACGCCCUGGCGUAUCUUUCAUCUACAAGAUGCUGCACCGGAACGGUACAGGCCAGUCAAGCGAAAAAGUCAUGCAAUAUUCUCUGAUCGCGAGCUCAACAGCAAACACAUUGUAUACCUGAACAUCUAUCAGAAUUUGCUUCUGACGGCGCUGAAGAUGGACGCUUACAUUUCAGCGCUGGGAGAGGGUGGAAAGAAGAAUACGGCUUUCCUGCGCAGUGUCAUCCAAAAGACAAUCGUGUAUAAGUACACGUCUGUCCGUAUGCACGCACGGAGCGAAGGCAACCAGAAUGACGGUACCAACUCUGAUAUUCACAAAGAGGCUGUGAUGUGGCUCGGCAAUCAUGCCUUCCAGUAUAUCCUGAGCCGGAAGCCCCAGAAAUACAAGGCAUUGGUGUGGUGGUUGAAGGUAGAAAUGGGGAGGAUGAAGCGUAAAUCGUACUGCUACCAGUUCAAAGAGCUGGUCACAGAGGGUCAGAAGGACUUUGCUGUGAUCGCAGUCUGA